GUUCGUGUGCUUCAGCCUCUACGCAUUGCGGCAGCCAUUCCAAUACAUAUAAAUUUAACGGGAAGCGUUGGACGAAAACGGCCAAAAGCAGCCCAAAAUAAUUGGCGGAUGAAAGGGAUAACGCUGUUUUCCGAUCAUGGAAGAUAUGGACGAGGAAUUACCAGCCGCCCUCCAAGACCACGGCUACUUAGCUAAACCUUUACAUAUACAACGGCUAGAAAAUGCGUUGAGACUAGAACCACUCUUGUCUUACAUUGAUAAUUACACAAGUCGAUCAAGUGGAGGAGAAUCUGAUUCUUCUAGUGCGGAUGACUUUUGUAGUGUUGAGAGUGCAGAUACUGGAACAAAAACUUUCAAUAAUGGAUUGUCAAUCAGUAAAAUUGAACGUCAAAUGGACAAAAUCCGUUUGUAUAACUUCAGUAAAAUUGACGAAGAUCGAGAAGUACUUCAGGAUAUGCUUCUAACCGAAACUUCAUCAGAUGACGACGAUGAUGAAUGGAAUAUAGAAAAAGUUAAAACUCUUAUUAAAAUCAGAAAAUACACCUUAAAACACCGAAAAAAGGUCCUAAAUGAUAAUGUUAAGAACCCUAAAAGAUACUCAUAUUUUAGCUCCGGUUUAUUAUCUUUUAAUGAUUGUUAUGAGGGAGAUGGAACUGGAUCUUUCGAUUCUAAAGUAAUGAGAGAGAAGCGGAAUUUAGAACGAAAACGGGCUCUAAAAAAGAAGAGAAUUAUGAACGAUGAAGUGGAAGAGGGCGAGAUCAGAAUGCCAGUUCCUGUUGCUGUUUUUGAGAAUACCCAAAAGCAACCUAUUCCUGUUAGAAGUGGUAAAUCAAAAAAAAUGAAUGACACCGAAAAAGCAGUAUUAAGGAGAAAGACAAUGGCUAUCAUUACCAAAAAAGAAAUUCAAAGAGCUUCAAAGCAAGUAAUUAAUCAGCGGAAAGAAAACUUGCAAAUGUUAAAGAAACUUGCUCAGGGAUGUAUGAGAGAAAGAAGAAAAAUGGCUCUUACCUCUCAAAAACUAACAAAAGAUGCUGGUGUAAGAGCAAGAAGAUUGGCCAAAGAAAUGAAUGUUUUUUGGAAACGUUUCGAUAAAGUUGAGAAAGGUGCAAGGAAAAAGGCUGAAAAAGAAGCCCUUGAACAGAGAAAGAUAGAUAUAGAAAUGAGAGAGGCAAAACGUCAACAAAGAAAAUUAAAUUUUUUGAUAACCCAAACUGAAUUGUACGCCCAUUUUAUGGCCAAUAAAAAUAGGUUAAAAUCUGAGGAAAAGAAUACGGAUGAAAAACAAACUGAAAUCUUAAGUAGGUUGGAUGAAAAUGGAGAGAGUAAAGAAGGAAUACCAGUAACUAAAGGGAUAAUCCAAAGCUUUCUAACAGAUGAUUAUGAUAGUGAUAUGGUUAAAAAUCAAGCACUGCAGAAUGUUGAAGAAGCAGUUGCAGCACAACAUUCCAAAACCAGAUCAUUUGACGAGCAAGUUAAGCUAUUAUCAGGCGGAGAUGGGGCUCUAGCUGUUCCUGUAUGCUCUGACGAAUAUACGCAACCUACAUUGUUUGAAGGAAAGCUAAAAUCUUAUCAGCUGAGGGGAAUGAACUGGUUGAUGAGUUUAUAUGAUCAAGGCAUAAAUGGUAUCCUAGCUGACGAAAUGGGUCUUGGAAAAACUGUACAGGCCAUAGCAACGUUAGCGUUAUUGUGCGAAACUCAGGGAACAUGGGGACCAUUUCUGGUAGUUGCACCGGCGUCUACCCUUCAUAAUUGGCAACAGGAAUGUGCUAGAUUUAUACCUCGUUUAAAGGUUGUACCCUAUUGGGGGACAACACAAGAUCGUAAAGUUCUAAGAACAUUUUGGAAUUCAGCUAAAUUAUAUACACCUGAUGCAUCUUUUCAUAUUGUUAUCACCAGCUAUCAAAUUGUUAUCCAAGACGUAAAAUAUUUUCAGCGAAUAAAAUGGCAGUAUAUGGUUCUAGAUGAGGCUCAGGCCAUCAAAAGCACUGCGAGCACUCGUUGGAAAAUUUUAUUACAAUUCAAUUGCCGAAACCGCCUGUUAUUAACAGGCACACCUAUUCAGAACAGUAUGGCCGAGUUAUGGGCCCUAUUGCAUUUCAUUAUGCCAACACUUUUUGAUUCCCAUGAUGAAUUUAAUGAGUGGUUUUCAAAAGACAUUGAAAGUCAUGCUGAAAAACAGUCGGGAAUAGAUGAAAAUCAACUUUCUAGGCUGCAUAUGAUUUUGAAACCUUUCAUGUUACGAAGGGUUAAAAAAGAUGUUGAAAAUGAAUUGUCCGAUAAGAUCGAAGUCUUGACGUACUGUCCUUUAACAACGCGCCAAAGAAAAUUGUACAGUGCUUUAAAAAGAAAAAUUCGUAUAGAAGAUUUAUUGCAAAGCUCAGCGGCACUCUCACAAUCAUCAACAUCUAGCUUGAUGAAUUUGGUUAUGCAGUUUAGAAAAGUUUGCAACCAUCCAGAACUCUUCGAGAGGAGAGAGCUCAAGUCAUCAUUUUUCAUACAACUAGACAGCUACGUUAUCCCUCAACUCGUUUUUAAUGAAGGAAUAUUGGAUACGUCUUCGUGGGGAAGGAGAAAACUAUUAUACAAUAAUUUGUUUAUAUAUAAUGAGGGCAAUAUUCACAAGUCUAUCUUUUCCUCGAAUAAAACUGAAAAAUCUAAUACUUUUGGUUUUACAAGAUUUGUAAAUAUAUCUCCAACAGAGCUUUAUAAAAUGAUGUUUUACAGUAUUUCAUAUAGAUGGAGAAGUAUCGUUGAGGGAGAACGGGAAAUCGAAAAUUUAAAUCAUAAGACUAACUGGCAAAGCCCUGAUUUAUCAACUCGAUCAUUGUUUAUGAUGGAAUCUUAUUUUUGUUUAAAUCCUACGUCCAUCAAUCAAAGUCAAGUUUUAAGUAAACUAUGUUUCACAAGUCCUGUUAAACCUAUCUUGGGACAUACUGUUCCUACUUUGCAUUAUAUGAGAGAGACUGCCACUCAUCGAAAAAUUCGAUUACGAAAUUCAGUAUCUCCUGUGGAAGAUGAAGAAUCUAAACUGAAUGAAGCUGAUUGCACAACUGAUGACUCCAAGUUAAAAAAUCAUACAUCGCUCAAUUUACCAAAUGAAGCUGAUGAAGUUUCUCAGGAUAUUGAAAUAUCUGAAUUUAAACAUAGAGAACCCAAAAUACUGGACGAAGAACUAGUUGAUAUCCCUGACUUUUUGUACAACAACAUAUCAAAAGUUGCAGCAUAUUCAUGUGGAGAAUAUUGCAUAGACAAUAAUUUCAUGAGACAACAGAGGGCAGCACUUGUUCACACAGACGAAAAAGACUGUAUACUUUACGGAUCAACGAAUCUCGCUCAAGAAAUGAAAACUGCCCAUCAAUAUCUUUUUAAACCAGAACCUCGGGGCCUUUUAGCUGUUAAUCCUGUUCACGGGUUCUCUCACGUAUUUAUUCCUGGUAAGUAG